AUGGAGUCGACUGCGUUGAAUGGGAGGAUGGCUAGGUGGCAGAUCCUACUCUCCGAGUUUGAUAUAGUCUACGUAAAUCAGAAGGCCAUCAAAGGGAGCGCGAUAGCAGAAUUUUUGGCCAGCAGAGCGUUAGAAGACUAUGAAACUCUGAAUUUUGAUUUCCUGAAUGAAGAUUUGAUGUAUGUUGCAACCGCUGAAGAGGAUCCCCAUGAAAAUCAUCCUUGGAAGCUAAACUUUAAUGGAGCUUCGAAUGCUAUAAGCAAUGGAAUUGGGGCAGUCCUUAUGUCCCAUACUAUAGAGCGAAAAAUUAAGAUACUAGAGGUAUACGGAGACUCUGCAUUGGUAAUAUAUCAGCUUAAAAGAGAAUGGGAAACAAGAAAUCCAAAGUUAAUCCACUACCAAAAAUUGGUUCUAGAAUUGAUUGAGGAAUUUGACAGUGUCACUUUUUAUUAUCUCUCACGAGACGAAAAUCAGAUGGCUGAUGCUUUGGCCACUCUAGCCUCUAUAAUCAAAGUAAACAAAUCAGAAGACAUGAAGCCUAUCCAAAUCAGCAUUUAUGAAACUCCGGCUCAUUGCUACAGUAUUGAGGAAGAAGAAAACGAUAACUAUCCGUGGUAUCAGGACAUACUGCGAUAUUUAAAGAAUCGUGAGUACCCCGACCAUGCGACAGAAAAUGAUAAGAGGACAUAG